CCACCUCAUUUCGCCAGGUCUUCCCUGUUGAUAAAUAAGUGUGUUUAAAUACUAAGAAGCAAAAAAACUGAUAAUUUUUGGAAAAUAAUCGUGCUAAUCCUAAGACGUCUGUGACUUCACACAUGGUGAGUAAUACAUAAGAAAAUCAUAAUUAGCUACUAAACAAAUCCAAUACUUGGAUGCACUACUCAUUUUUAGUGAUCCAUCAGAGGGGAAAUUCUUAAAAUUUACAAUUGUCCACAAAAAAUUUUCACGUUAAGAGAGAAUCCAUCUAUUUAUCAUGAGCAAGUUUGCCGUGAUCAGUCUAGUUAGAUCAAAACGGGACGAAGUUCGCGGCACGGUCCUAAUUUCAAGAACACAUAAUUACCUAUAUUAUAAUUACGCACUUAUCGUAGAGCUCAGUGGAAUUUUUGAAGCACGGCAACACAAAGAAAUCUCAGUAUCAACUUCAUCCCGCUCCGAUAAGGAGUUAUCCACCACUUAUUGCCUCCCUAAUCCCAGAAAACAUCAAUUCUGGUCGACAAGCCAAAAAAGUUUUCCUACCCCGUUACCAUCCCCUGAUCUAAUUAAGUAUACUUUUCACCUCCCAAUUCCCCAAAAUGUCCAUCUCCCACCCAAUUUCGACUGCUCCCUGGGAAAAGUGUCCUACUUUCUCCGCGUUCUUGCCCAACACAAUAAGCAUCCCAACAUUUUACGAGAACUCACGUCAAAGGAAAUCCACUACCCGGGACAGGGGAUAGUAAACCCUGGUAAUGGCCCACCCACCGAAAAGGAUAUUGAUCUCGACGGUGUCAAGAUUUCUGUACAAGUACCCCGGACUGAUUUCAUUAUUGGAGAAAUCAUCCCAUGUACCAUAUCUGGCCAAUUUGGAGAAAAGAAAGGAUCCCUAAAAAACGUCACCGUUUGGCUGACCAGGAUUAUUUCUUACACUUCGGAUAAAAUUCUGAUUUCAACAACGGAAAUCGUACAUUGCAAAACGUUCAAACGGUUUCUCAAAAGAGAACGAUUUACGAGGAGUGUAAAAUUUGCGACGGCAAAGGUCAAAAUUCAUACCAUUAAGAUGGAAGAUGAACCGAAAUUAAGGAUACGAUAUCUUAUACAGGUACGAGUCACCACACUGAACGGAAAGAGUGAUGCAGUCCAAAUUGAUGUCGCUUUAAGAAUAGGCCUCCCCGAUUCGACACCAUGGCUUCCCAGGGAAUCCGAUCAUUCAGCACCGAGCGAUGAGGGCGCAUUAAACGAAGUUGAAACGCCGACAGCGCCCAGAAUGCGGGUGGGAUCACUCGUGGGGUCGAUGAUGUCCCUCUUCCCACCCAGUUAUUCCACCCUUCCCUCCCGAGCGGUUUCCAUGGUGUCGCUAGAAACUUUGCCACCAAGUUAUGACGACAUUUAAACCUCUUAACUAUUUGCUGCCAUUUAGAACGCACUUGGUUUUGUGUGUGAUGUUUAAUUCGAGGUUGUGAUGACAAAAUGCAUAUCGAACAGCUCACAAAUAUAAUUAUUUUUAGUUACAUAGAUGUGCUAAAUUAAAAGCUUGUUUGUACGAAGUUGUGACAACAAUGAAUUGUAUAUUGUGAACAUAUCUAUCUACAAAUAUUUCAAAUGCUGGAUUUAUGUAUUUAAAGCAAAGCUUGUGAUACAUUUUUAAAAUUUAAAUUGUGUUACAUAUACAUAUCCACGUAGAUGUAUUUAUGUAGAUCAGCCGUUACAUUCCAUGAACAAAACUACGUACUUAAAAGAUGGCAAAAAUAUAACAUCAAACGAGCCAAUUGUAAACUCGGAAAUUCAUUUGUGAUGCAUAAUUUUUCAUCAAGCCUAAAUAAAGAGCCCGGACAUUUAAACGAUU